GCGGCGGUGUAGACAGAGGCUGGUGGCGGCGCGGGGGGCGGUCUGGGCCCCGGCGGGGCUGGAUGGGGGGGCCGUGCUCGCCAUGGAGGGGGUGCUGUACAAGUGGACCAACUACCUGAGCGGCUGGCAGCCUCGAUGGUUUCUUCUCUGUGGAGGUAUCUUGUCAUAUUAUGACUCUCGGGAAGAUGCCUGGAAAGGCUGUAAGGGAAGCAUUCAAAUGGCCGUGUGUGAAAUUCAAGUUCAUUCUGCAGAUAAUACUCGGAUGGAUCUGAUUAUUCCUGGAGAACAAUGCUUCUAUCUGAAAGCAAGAAGUGCAGCUGAGAGACAAAAGUGGCUGGUUGCCCUUGGAACUGCCAAGGCUUGUCUGACAGACAGUAGGACACAGAAAGAAAAAGAAUUUACUGAAAACACUGAAGCCUUGAAAACCAAAAUGUCAGAACUUAGACUGUAUUGUGACCUCCUCGUUCAGCAAGUAGAUAAAACUAAGGAUGCUAGCAUUUCUGGUGUAUCAGAAACCGAGAAUGGAAUCGAUAUGAGAGCACUGUUGAAAUCAACAUGUAACACCUUCCUGAAGACUCUUGAAGAAUGUAUGCAGAUUGCAAAUGCAGCCUUCACUUCUGAGUUACUACAUCGCACUCCACCAGGAUCUCCACAUUUGGCAGUUCCCAAAUCAAACAAGGUGAAACAUUCUGUUACCUCUAGCUGCACCACAACAGAAAGACAGAUAGAACUGAACAGCUGUGAAAAUGGCUCCUUAAAGACAGAAGCUAAUCACCAUGAACAUGCCCUGAUUAAAAAUCUGAUGCCCUUACACACAAAAACUGAUGGAGGAAACUGUGAUAUUUCAGAUGAAGACCACGUAGAAAAGAAUUUGACAGGUGAUAUUAAAGAAGAUGGUGAAGGCAAGUUGCUGCCCACAGAGAGUAACAGUGUUAAUGAGUCGCUAAAGCAAGAAACUGGUUGGGAAGAAGAGAAAGAAGAGGAUUUUCCUACCUUCUUUAGUGUCAUGAGUAAUAGGUUUAGCGAUAUUGAACUUCAAGAGGAUGAUGGCAUACCCACAGAGGAGUUUCUGCAAUCAUGUUAUGCAAUAGUGCCCGUCUUGGACAAACUUGGACCAACAGUCUUUGCUCCUGUUAAAAUGGAUUUUGUUGGUAAUAUCAAGAAAAUAAAUCAGAAAUAUAUAACUAACAAAGAAGAGUUCAACACUCUGCAGAAAAUAAUAUUCCACGAAGUGAGUGCUGAGGUAGCACAAAUAAGAAACUCUGCUACAGAAGCCCUCUUGUGGCUGAAAAGAGGCUUAAAGUUUUUGAAGGGGUUUUUGACAGAAGUAAAGAAUGGUGAAAAGAAUAUUCAAACAGCUCUGAAUAAUGCAUAUGGAAGGACAUUACGGCAGCACCAUGGCUGGGUUGUGCGAGGGGUCUUUGCGUUAGCUUUAAGGGCCGCUCCAACUUACGAAGACUUUGUGGCAGCACUAUCUGUAAAGCAGUGUGAAGACCAGGAGGAAGCUUUUUAUAACGGAAUGCAAAGAGACCUCAACAUUUACUUACCAGCCAUGGAAAAGCAGCUAAAUAUCUUGGACACUCUCUAUGAAGUACAUGGCUUGGAGUCAGAUGAGGUAGUAUGACAACAGCAAGACAGUGCCUUGAAACUUCAGGGACUGCGUUUGUGAACAAAGUUUUUUCUGAACAGCAUUUCUGUUUGUUAUAUCUUCCUUAACAUGGGAGGGGAAGGAAUCAUUGCUUCUUUUUUUAUAUGUACAUAUUUUUUUAAAUGCUUGUUUAUGUUUAAAUGCAGAGGUACCAUUUAUUUUAGGGUUAUGGCUGACUGCAUGGUGAAUACUUUCAGGUAAAAAAACUUUUUGGGGGUGUGGGGCAAUUUUGUUUUAUCAUUUACACAAAUGUAAUAGAGCAGAGCUUGACUUUCUCACUCUAGCAGUUUGCACAGGUGCCAGGCACAUAUCCAGAAGGGCGGUUGUGAUGUUAGCUCUGAGAACUGGUGGUAUGUUAAUGUUGCUGUCUUUCCCAUGCCCAUUCUAUGUCUGUCUGUGUUGUGAUGCUAGCAUCAGUAUCAAUGUCUAUUCUCCUUCCACAUCUGUUGCACUGGAGGGCAAAAGUGAAGCCACCGGGUUGAGUGGUAAGUUUACUCCUUAUCUCAAGCUUAAUUUAGAGGGCAUCCUUUUAUUCUCAAAAAUGAUGUACAGCCCCCUUCAAAUAUUUUGAAGGUCUCCCAAGAGUUAGCCUUGAUAACUGUAUUCCUUUUGCCCUUUUCUUGGGCCAACAUAAGAGUAUACACCUUGCAUAGCCCUGGGUGCAGUCCACCUUCUCCCUCUCUGUUAAUGAAUUUGAGGUCUCUUUCCAGUGUUACUGAACUAUUGUUCAAAGGAAUUUUUCUACCAGAUAUCCCCUCCAAUUUCAUCUGGUGGCAUCAAGCUUGAUGUUUUUGGUGUUUAAAAAAUAAUCCUCAAGUUCACUAUGAUGCCAGCGUUGUUGCUGAUGUCACAGCACAGGAAGGUAAAGAGCAGGAAGGUUUUAAAGAUGUAAUCAUCCUCAUGUCUGCACCAGUACCAUGACUGCUACCUUUUGCACUUGUGUUGUUCCUAUGCCUUCAGUGCUAAUUGCUGGAGCGUUUGGUUCAGAUUUCUAAUUGCUGUUUGUCAGCAAAGCUCUGCUGAGUCCAGCUGAAGAUUUGUCUUAUUGUAUUUACCAUGGUAAUACGGUAGAACUUUUAACACCACCUGAAUCUCAAUAAAAGUCAGUGGGACAUAAGCUUCAAAGUUUCAAAGUCAACUAGGUGUGUUGAAAAAUGUACCCAUAGUCAUUUUUUCUUACAAUGACCUGGUCAAAAACAAACCAUGUAACUGUUGCGUGUCUUUGUGUGUGAUUUAAGGACAAAAAGGCAGUCUAAGAAUUGAUUUUUAUAAACAUGCCCUUAGGUUAACAUUAUACUUUCUUUUAAAAGGGUGAUUGCAAAAGGCUGACUUUGAAAUAAGUGAAUCCUAGGAAAAUUAAAGUUCUUCAGAAGGCUGUCACUUGUUUGUAGCUGGUACCCAUGUAUUUCAGAAACAUGUGACUGAAUGAGAAUUAAGAAUAAUGGAGACUUUUGUUACUUUUUUCUUUCUUGUGAUACUAAUAAAUAAGUCAUUACCACCGCUGCUACUAUUAAAGAAAAGAAUUAAGGGCUGGCCCUGAAGCUAGUUAAAUGACUAAGGCUGAAUCUGUCCCUUACAGAUAGGUCCAACACUGUGUAAACUCACUUUUGUGCUCAAAAAGAUCUCUAAAUAAUGUUUAGGACUUCUGCAUAGGGGUGAGUUUUGCUUAGUGUAUGAGAGGAGGCAAGGAAGCCUGGGAGUGGAGUGAAUAAUAAUGCAGUGGCACGUUGCAAACAUGGUCUCUUCCUAGGAGAAAUACUUGUGUUCAGGUGUAGCAAAAAACACAGAUACCAAGAGGACUUUAGUGAAGUAUACAUUGCUUGGUACCUAGCUUCCUGUUGAACAGGUUUAAGCAAUAAUUUCAUGGCUGAGGCAAGGAAUUUUGAAAAUUUCCAACUUUAAGAAAAACAAAGUUCUGUAAAAUCCAAACCCUCAAAUGUUGGUACCUGAAGGGAAUGCCAAAAACUGUAGUUCAGCAUCUAUAUAAACAGCUUGAUUUCACUCUUGCACUCUUCCCAGAGUUGCUGGUUAUCUACAGUUCAGUUCUCACUGGUAGCAACAGGAGUCCAGGAACUGCGCUUCCUUGAAAACUAAUGAAUUUUAUAUACUCCUACCAAAAUAGAAUUGAAAAUUUGACCAAUAUUUUCUUUGUUAUUCCAACACUGAGAAUCAAGCCAUAUGCAUAGGGGUUUUCACAUAUAAUUCUCCUUCCCAUGAAGGUAAGAAAUGCCACAGUUCAGUAUAAAUGGCUGUCCACUCCUAUAUCCCUUCACACUUAUAGUUAGGAUUCUUCACUUACCCAAAGCAGAGAAAUUGGCUUUCUUGUUCUUUAGCUGCUGCUCUGGGAAGGUAGUAGAGUCAGUCCGCAUUUCCACAUAAAUAUCAGUCAGGAGAGGGAGGGUAAGAAAGGCAGAGAGCCUGU